AUGUCCGGAGAAAUAAAGCAUCCGAAGACUUUCAUGCAAAAAGCAAAAGAUGAGCCGUUUGUUCCACUAGGUAUCCUGGGUACUUUAGGUAUGGUUGGGUAUGCCGUGUCCCACUACAAACAACGAGGCAACAUGUCAUUGUCAGUGUAUGUCAUGCAAUACCGGGUCAUUGCCCAGAGUGUCAUCGUCGGCGCCAUGACACUUGGUGUUGGCUAUCAUAUGAUGAAGAAUUAUUUAUACCCGGAGAAAAAACAAGAUUGA